AUGACCCCUAGGGGCAUUUGUGAGAGAAUGAAGGUGGUUAGAGAUUCCUGUAAUUUCAUGAAAGAGAAGCUCAAACUCGGCCACAAUGGACGCAUCACUAGAACUACCGACAAUGACAGUCCACCUGGGCCUUUCUCAGAUCUAUUAAUGGACUGCUCCAGCUUCAUAUCAAAAUGUUUUCAUGAGGUACGGUCUCAAGAACAACCUGACUUUCGCACUACCGGCGAGCGGGAAUACAUUCGGAAUACUGAGUCAUUUAAGGCCGAGAUGAUCCCAAACCACCUCUUACCCCCUGGAGGUAAGGUGGACCUCUUCGCCAUCCACUCCAGGCUCAACGUUCCGGAGCAUUCCAAGGUCCUACACGAAGACUCGCGAUGGGUGACGAUCCUCAGGGAUCCCGCAAGGCAGUACGAGAGCCUCUUCAAUUUCUACAGGUUGGGCGAGGCCUACGGACUCAACCUGACGCAGUUUAGGGAUAUGCCUAUCGAGAAACUGGGCGCCCUUCCUCGAAAGCAGGGCAAAUUCGGCAGGAACCAGGUGCUCUUCGACCUGGGCUACCCGGACAACAUGUCGGUGACCCAACUGAGGUCAGCGAUGGACCGCCUGGACAAACUCUUCGACCUGGUCAUGAUUUCGGAGUUCAUGGACGAGUCCCUGGUUCUCCUGAGACACCUCCUCUGCUGGACGCCCCACGACGUGGUCUCCUUCACCAUGAACGCCCGGAGGGAGGAGGUGAAGCCGCCCUUGGAUCCAGAACUCCUCAGUGCCCUCAGGGAGCUCAAUAGCGCGGACGUUUUGCUCUACGACCACUUCUUGGCCAAACACCGAAGGGCGGUUCUGGAGUUCGGCUUAGACAAGAUGGCCGAGGAGGUCUCGGAGCUUCGCGCCCUCCAGGAUGAGCAUUUCGACUCCUGCGGGACGCGGGAGGUGGAGGUGUAUUCGGGAAUGGUCAACGUCUACUUCGCCUCCAACAAAGCGGAGCAGGAUUGCGUCAUGAUGACGCUACCGGAACUGCCGUUGACGAACGCGGCCAGGAAGCACCAGCAGGCUUUGCUGAAAAGUCUGGAUAACAAGACUUCUGAAGUUAGGCCUAGGUCGUAGGACUAACAGGCUUUACCCCGAAGUCUGAAUAAGCCUUCUGAAGGUAGGCCUACGUCAUAGGUCUAAUAAUAAGCUUUGCGCCAAAGUCUGAAUAAGCUUUCUGAACUUAGCCCUAGGUUGUAAGUCUAAUGAGACCCGUCAAAAUAAUUCAUAAUCGCAUGUAAAUACAUAAUCAAAUAUUAUAUAAUUUUAUCAUCGCUAUCAUCAUCAUCAUCAUAACCAUUAUUUUAUGAAUGAAUAUAUUGAUUGUACGU